AUGCCUCAGAGUAGAGGCAAACCCUCCCAAUCUCAGGAUCUGGGAAACCCUGACUCCCUUGAUAGGUCAGUGUAUGAUGAGGAUGAUAUCCUCAACUAUGUGCUGACUAUCAUUCUGAAAGUCGCAACACUCCCACUCAACACCCCUGGUGCUGAGGCUGAUGUUGACCUCAUCCAGAGGUACAUUCAGUGGCAUCUGAGCCCUGAUCAGGUUGACAUGCAUGCAUAUGCAUGCAACUUUAUGUUCCAGAGAGUGGAAUCAGACUGCCUGGCAGAACUCCAUGGAGUUGCUUCCCGACUCCACACACUCACAUGCCCACUCUAUGCCCCAGGCUUAGAGAACUAUUUGGAAAAGACGUUCAAGCAAAAGUUUGAAUGGGCUCUUUGGCUUGUGGAAGAAGAGCUGGAACUGCAUUUUCUGGAGCACUAUGGCUUCAGAAGAAUGGUGCUUAUUGCAUGCAAACACCUUGCUGGAAGGCAAAGGAUUUCCAAGACCGUGCAUCCCCACUGUCAGGGCACAGCCCUCGACCCCACACACCCUCAGACACCCUUUCCCCCUCCUAACCACCCUUCCCCCAUUUUCCCCCAUUUUUCCCCCACUGUUCCACAAUGA